AGAAGGCUGUGCGAGUCCGGGAGGGAAGCGGCGGCGGCGGCGGCGGCAGGAAGGGCGCGAGCGGCGUUGGCGGCGGCGGCGGCUUCCCUCUCGGUGGUCGGUCCGGCAGUCCACGACCCCCGGACGGAGGACGCAGUCCGGAGCGGCGCGCAGCCUCGGGCGCUGGCCGGGGCGAGCCGACGCCUCGGCCCGCAGGACGGGCCCGGGGCGGGAUGUAGGGCGCUGGGCGCGGAGGCCGCCGGCGCGGCGGGGGGAGCGCGGAGGGCGCGCCGAGGAUGGAGAGAGCGAUGGAGCAGCUCAAUCGCCUGACGCGCUCGCUGCGCCGCGCGCGCACUGUGGAGCUGCCCGACGAUAAUGAAACUGCUGUUUAUACAUUAAUGCCAAUGGUUAUGGCUGAUCAACACAGGUCUGUUUCUGAACUACUAUCAAAUUCGAAGUUUGAUGUCAAUUAUGCAUUUGGACGUGUGAAAAGAAGCUUGCUUCACAUUGCAGCAAAUUGUGGAUCGGUGGAAUGCUUGGUUCUGCUGUUAAAGAAAGGAGCAAAUCCUAACUAUCAAGAUAUUUCAGGCUGUACGCCCCUUCAUUUGGCAGCCAGAAAUGGGCAGAAGAAAUGCAUGAGUAAGUUAUUAGAAUACAGUGCUGAUGUCAACAUUUGUAAUAAUGAAGGCCUUACAGCAAUACACUGGCUGGCUGUGAAUGGGCGGACGGAACUACUUCAUGACCUUGUACAGCACGUCAGUGACGUUGAUGUUGAGGACGCGAUGGGGCAGACAGCGCUGCAUGUGGCCUGCCAGAACGGUCACAAGACGACAGUGCAGUGCUUGCUAGACAGUGGUGCUGAUAUUAACAGGCCAAAUGUAUCAGGAGCCACUCCACUGUACUUUGCUUGCAGUCAUGGUCAGAGAGACACAGCACAGAUUCUUCUAUUACGAGGAGCCAAAUAUCUGUCAGAUAAAAAUGGAGUAACGCCUCUGGAUUUAUGUGUACAGGGUGGAUAUGGAGAGACGUGUGAAGUAUUAAUUCAGUAUCACCCUAGGCUUUUCCAGACAAUUAUUCAAAUGACACAGAAUGAAGAUCUCCGAGAAAACAUGUUACGUCAAGUUCUGGAACAUUUGUCUCAGCAAAGUGAAAGCCAGUACCUAAAGAUCCUAACAAGCCUUGCUGAAGUUGCCACAACAAAUGGUCAUAAACUGCUUAGCCUAUCUAGUAAUUAUGAUGCUCAAAUGAAGAGCCUUUUAAGGAUUGUGAGAAUAUUUUGUCAUGUCUUUCGAAUUGGUCCAUCUUCUCCCAGUAAUGGAAUCGAUAUGGGCUACAACGGGAAUAAAACUCCAAGAAGCCAGGUGUUCAAGCCUCUGGAAUUGCUUUGGCACUCAUUAGAUGAGUGGCUAGUUUUAAUAGCUACAGAAUUGAUGAAAAGCAAAAAGGACUCGACAGAUAUCACUUCUAUUUUACUGAAACAGAAAGGCCAAGAUCAAGAUGGUGCUUCCAUUCCUCCAUUUGAGCCUCCAGGACCUGGGAGCUGUGAAAAUCUAUCCACUGGCACAGGGGAAUCUAAGCCAGAUGCUCUUGGAGGGAAACAGGAAGCUGGUGCAGACUGUCAGGAUGUUAUUUCUAUGACAGCUAACCGGCUAAGUGCUGUCAUUCAGGCUUUUUACAUGUGCUGUUCUUGUCAGAUGCCUCCAGGAAUGACUUCACCCCGUUUCAUUGAAUUUGUCUGCAAACACGAUGAAGUUUUAAAAUGCUUUGUUAACAGAAAUCCCAAAAUUAUAUUUGACCACUUUCACUUCCUUCUUGAAUGUCCUGAGUUGAUGUCAAGAUUCAUGCAUAUCAUAAAAGCACAGCCAUUUAAAGAUCGCUGUGAAUGGUUCUAUGAACAUUUGCAUUCAGGACAACCAGACUCAGACAUGGUGCACAGGCCAGUGAAUGAAAAUGAUAUCCUGCUGGUUCACAGAGAUUCUAUUUUUAGGAGUAGCUGUGAAGUUGUGUCAAAAGCCAAUUGUGCGAAGCUAAAGCAAGGAAUUGCUGUACGGUUCCAUGGAGAAGAAGGCAUGGGUCAAGGUGUUGUGCGUGAGUGGUUUGAUAUUCUGUCUAAUGAGAUAGUCAAUCCUGAUUAUGCAUUGUUUACCCAGUCAGCUGAUGGAACAACUUUUCAGCCUAAUAGCAACUCCUAUGUAAAUCCUGAUCACUUGAACUACUUCCGGUUUGCUGGACAGAUCUUGGGAUUAGCUUUGAACCAUAGGCAGCUGGUCAACAUUUACUUCACGAGAUCCUUCUACAAGCACAUUCUUGGUAUUCCUGUAAAUUACCAAGAUGUGGCAUCCAUUGAUCCAGAAUAUGCCAAAAAUUUGCAGUGGAUUUUAGAUAAUGAUAUUAGUGAUCUGGGUCUAGAACUAACUUUUUCUGUUGAGACUGAUGUGUUUGGAGCAAUGGAAGAGGUGCCUUUGAAACCUGGGGGUGGAAGUAUUCUUGUGACACAAAAUAACAAAGCGGAGUAUGUCCAGCUUGUUACUGAACUUCGAAUGACAAGAGCCAUUCAGCCUCAGAUCAAUGCUUUCUUACAGGGCUUCCAUAUGUUCAUUCCACCUUCCCUCAUACAACUUUUUGAUGAAUAUGAAUUGGAGCUGCUGCUUUCGGGCAUGCCAGAAAUUGAUGUGAGUGAUUGGAUGAAAAAUACAGAAUACACAAGUGGCUAUGAAAGAGAAGAUCCAGUUAUUCAGUGGUUCUGGGAAGUUGUGGAAGACAUUACUCCAGAGGAGAGAGUUCUUCUCUUGCAGUUUGUUACUGGCAGUUCCAGGGUCCCACAUGGUGGAUUUGCUAAUAUCAUGGGUGGAAGUGGAUUACAGAACUUUACAAUUGCUGCUGUGCCAUAUACUCCAAAUCUUCUACCGACUUCAAGCACAUGCAUCAACAUGCUCAAGUUACCUGAAUACCCAAGUAAAGAAAUACUCAAGGACAGGCUUCUUGUGGCACUGCAUUGUGGCAGCUAUGGUUACACAAUGGCAUAAUGAAGUCUGGAAAACUCAUCUGACUGCUGAUGUGCAAUUCAGAGUGGCAGAAGUAAUUUAGGAAACUGUCAACAGAAAAGCAGCCCAAAUGCAGCCCAUAGGCAGGGCUGAUGCUUAAAAUUCAUAAAGGAUCAGGUUUUCUUUUUUCCUUCCUCUCUUUUCCCUUUUACGUUUUCUCAGUUUGUGAUACAAUUAGAAAUAUAAAAUCACAGUAAUCUUCAUUUUAAAAAAUGCUAAUUUAAAGUGGUAGAAACUGUUCUUUUUUCAUAUUUUUUAAAUCUUAUCCAAGAUUGUUUUAAGGCAAAAUCUUAUUUUACAUUUCACCUUUGCUGUGUAACUGUCUUGUUAAAAGGAUGUUUUCUCUUUAUUUUCCUAUAUGUUAAAUUAUAUUAGGACAUCCAGCCUGGUAUGUUCUGUUGCAUGUAAAGUACUGUUUAUAUUUUGGAAAACUAUUGUAUAGAAUGGAUUUAUUUAGAUUGUGUAUAAAGCCACAAAUAUGUAUUUUCCCAUAUUGAAUCUAUAUUGCAAUGAUGUUUUUUAGCUUUUUAAUAUUUUAAUAUAUAAUGUAAAGUUUAGACUGAUGUGACUAACAGCUGAUGAAAUGACAUCUAAUUUAUAUAUUAAAGCUUAUACUAUAUUGUAUGAAUUAUUUGCAUCUUUCAGUGGUCAGUUUUCCAUAUAUAUUGUGGUCUCCAGGUUUUUCUUAUGCCUUAUUUAAUUUAUAUUUUAGGUAAAAUUAAAAUGUGAUAUUUUACCAUAUUUCUUUUCAUUACUUUUAUCUGUGAGCUCUGAUGACAUUUGAAGAAGUAAUCCGAUGUGCAGAUUACGUUUUAAAUAUGUAAAUUUUUAUUUCUUAAAUUUGCUUAUUGUGAUUAAAUGAGUUCAAGUGAUAUAUGCCUAAUACAGAGCACUGGGUUUUUAAAUUUUAGGGGUGGUCUCAUCAGUUUUCUUUUGAAAAGACACACUUGAGUAGUUUCAGCAUACCUUUUAAAGGGAAGGUGGAACGGUCACACAGUCAGAAAUGCUAACAGGAAUUUGUCAUGUUUAGCAUCUCUUUUCUAGGAACUAAAAAUAGACUAUCCAAUGGCAUCAUUAUUGGUGGAAUGACUCUUAUGUGCAGAUUUUCUCAUAUAAGCAGCAGUAUAUUUGUCACUGACAAAUAUAGACAGUGUAUAUGUCAAUAUAGACAUAUAUAUGUAUAUAGACAUAUUUAUCGAAAGCUUUGCUAAGUUGUAAAGCUUCUUUAAUACGUGUUUUUUGGUCCUCUCUUUAUUAAAACAAGAAAACAUCUCAACAUAUUACAUUAAAAACUAGGAAUUUUUUACAAAUUACUAUUAGCUCUGAAAUUAUGAUUCAGAUGCUUUAUUUACAAUAAAUGAAGCUAAUUUUACAAUUUUUAUUUUCAAAAUUUAAUUGUAGAAGAGGUCAUUGCCUUCUGAGUUUUCAAAUAGGUAACUGACUUUCAUAUUACAUUGCUUCUAAUUUUAAUGUUUACACACAUUUAUUUCUGUUUAUAAUCAUGCAAUACAUUGGCUUUGUCAUAUUGGUCCUUUUGCAAGUGUUUAUGUAGAAGAGAUAAUAAGGCAUUAAAA